ACACCAGAAGAAGAACCGACUCACUGGCGAACACUACUGCUGUGGGUUAUAGCAAGAGAUUAGCGCUAACGUUGGGCAAAUGAUGGUCAGGUGCAAGCGGUCAGUCUUAUUACUAUAAUUGUACAGAUGAGGAGAUUAAUGUGCAGCUGAACAUGACUACUGUCACAGACACACUAAGAGUGAUUUUAUUUGAGUUGUUUUUUAUUUUUGCGAUCAUUCAUAUUUCACUAGCGACUCCGACAGAUGAAGGUGUGAUUCCUGAGUUUGAAACUGCUGAUGGAUUAGAUUCCUAUGACGAUGGACAGACGACAGAGGACUCGGUGUCUUUCUCUCUGAGACAGUUUAAGACGGCAGAAAUCGCAGAUGCCGUUCUGGGGACACAUCUGUCUGAAAACACAGCUGGGAUUGAAGCUCUUAUUCCUAAAAGCCAGAUCUCUACACCAUGUGAGAAGAAAGUGACACAGGGGGUGAUGAAGGAGAAAGCUGUAAUGGAUCAGGAGAUUGAGAUGAAGCAAGAAAAUCCAGCAGGAGGUGAUGAGCAGAACUCCACAGAAAGUGCAAAGACGUAUAAAGUGAGCUGUGAUAAAAGGAGCAUCACUGGACUUGAGAACUUCUCAGUGCAGGUUCUCAACUCAUCACAGGACCUUAUGGACUUCCUGAACUCAAACGGCUCUGAAUGCUCAUUAGUUCUCUUCUACACUUCCUGGUGCCAGUUCUCCGCCCACCUUGCUCCUCACUUUAAUGCUCUGCCAAGAGUUUUUCCCAUAAUGCAUUUUCUUGCUCUUGAUGCCUCUCAACACAGCAGUUUGUCAACGCGCUUCGGGACUGUUGCUGUGCCCAACAUUUUGCUCUUUCAGGGCGCUAAACCCAUGGCACGCUUUAACCACACAGAGAGAACACUUGAGACGCUAACAGCCUUCAUCGCUAAUCAAACAGGGUUUGAGGCAGUUGGAGGUCAGAUGGUGACGGAUGACGAUCGUGUUGGUCCUUUACUCAGCAUGCCCGUGAGGAGCAUCGACUGGCUUUUUGUGUUCAGUGUAAUGUUUUUAGCUGUGUUCAGUUUGUAUGCCAUUCUUCGGACUGACAGCAUCAGGCUACUCAUCCCUGGCCACGAACAUGACCACCAGGACUAAUUAUUAUUAUUAUCAUUAUUAUUUUUAUUAUUAUAGUGGUCUGUGUACAAACCCUUUCUAAAUCUAAACAAUCACAAUAAAAAAAACAAUAAACCAUG